AUGGCCGAUUAUGAACGGAAAAUACUCGAAUUCUACCAGCUCCCCACGCCGUUCCCUUCGGAAUGGCCCGCAGAAAAGGCCAUUGGGGAAGAAGAUGACCAAGGCGCCAAGGAGGGUCGACGAAAGUCGCGUUACGGAGCCCUUGAAUCCGCCUUUGGAGCUCGAAGGAGCUUCAUCGGCGAAAAUGGGCAAGGUGGCGUUGGCAAUCUCGUACAAAAAGACGAAGCAGACCCCUUGGGAACCUCGGACAGCGUUGUGAGAUCAUUGAGGCAGCUUGGCUUGCCGGUACAAGACGAUGUCCGGCUGAGAAACCGAUUCAUGCUUUCCUCGACCACCUUCUCGCCUGCAUUGUUUCUUUCUCAAAUGCACUCGACUGCCGACACCAAUACAUUGUUGCAAGGACUCGACGUACUGUCGAAAUCGAUUGAUAAGAAGUCAGCGUCACUGAAAGUUCUCGUCGAAAGCAAUUUCGAGCGAUUCGUCAAAGCCAAGGCUACCAUUGACAAUGUCUACAAGGAAAUGAAAUAUCGCGGCGUCGACCCGGCUCAGCAACGGCAAUCUGGCCGUCAUUCACGCCAUCCUAGCCGUACGAGCUUUGGACGCAGUAGCGCUAGCGGUGCAGGCAUGGGCCUUAAUAAUCCUCUUACCCUGCCCAUGUCUGACAGCCGGAAAAGGAAUGCCCUGGUCAAGGAAAGCGAAUAUGGUGUCAUGGGGAUCAAGGCGCCACUUCUAGAUGUAUCUGCCAAGGCAGAGGAUGUUUGGGGUCCCGCGCUCGGAGGCCGCGAAAAAGAGAAGCACCUACGCAAUGUCUCGACCUACUUGGAUGAGUUUAGGGAUUUUGUCGAAUUGAGUGCCGUUGUGGCAGACAGUAUCAAGCGCAAAGACUAUGAAACCCUGGUGGACAGUUAUAACCGAGCGAGAGGUUUCGCCGAUGAAGCAAAACAAGUACCCCACGAGCUCAACGGGCAGGCGCUAAGUGACAAACAGUUGUACAAAUUAGUCCUUGCAGGACGCAUGUGGCACGAUGUCGAUCAGCAGGUACAAGCUUUCAAAAAGGAUAUAUGGAAGAAGCUGGUGUCGCUACACUCCUCAAGGUCAGAAAGCAUUGGGGGCAGGCAGCAGGAUCAACACAUGGAGUUUAUCGGACUGUUGUUUGAGCUGGGCGUCGAAGAAAACCCCAUCUGGGUGUGGCUUCUGAGCAAACAUGAUCACUUAAAAAGCAAGAUACAAGGCUCAGCGGAUCGGUCCAAAGUCGAAAUUGAGGUCCUUAGACGCAGGCUCGCUAACAUCGAGAAGCCGGCGCCUCAAGCCUUGGCCUCAUACUUGCGAACGCCAGGUCGUCAAUCCAUUGAAGGGAAAUUUUCAACGUCAGAUUCCACUGACGUUAUUGAACUUUGGGACAAGAUGCUUGCUUUCUUGACCGGUCUUGUCUCAUCUCAGGGUAUUUUGGGAGACUUGCUAGAGUUUUGGCAGACCGCUCAAGGAUUUAUCAAUGGAAAAACACAGCAGUCUCUCCCUGUGGGAUACAACGGGGAGUCUCGAAGUCACCAUCAGCUUUCGUCACAGUUUGUGAGUGACUUGGAGACGCAACUGGUUGAACUGGUUAACAUUUUGCGAGAGCACGUUCACGCCUUCUUCGUCGAGAUGCCGCCUGAGGAUAUUUCGCUACUGUUCUCACCUCCACUUCUGUCUCCAAUGUCCCCUGCUCCCAUGGGUGGCACCGGCAAGUCACUGUCGCCGACUUCGGUAGGCGACCCCAGAUUCAAUUUUGACUCUAGCAAUCCGCCGCCCCCAUCGCCUAAAAGGGGAGAGUCAUGGGAGAAGCUGGCGUUUUGGCCGCCGUGGUCGAAUUCUCUCAGUGGCGUAGAGUAUCUCUCCAAGAUGCUGUAUCUUGUUGGAUCUGCUGCUGCUGAAAUGGCCAGCCUCGGUCCCGUCUCGUCAGGUGAUGGCCGCGCUGUUGAGCAACUCAAGUCUCUUGUCAGUGCAUCCAGAGAACGCUGUGUCACUGCCCUUUGUGCCGCUUGGAAUCGUGAUGCCGAAACUAUGAAGUAUGUCGAGAACUGGCAGCGUCCCGCCGAAUCUGGCGAUGUCACACGCAUGCCCGCCAUCUUCGCGGCCUUCGAGGGGGCGGUACUGUCGGGCAUGCAGAAGAUUCUCUAUAUCCCUGAAGCGAUGGAGAAGCCUGGCGCCGGAAACAUUGUGCUACCACCGCCUACAAAGCUAUUGCAAAUGGUUCGCAGUCAAUACGUCACCACUCUGUAUAAGGCGCUGAGUGGGAUGGUUGAGAAUGCGGAAAGAUCACUACGGAAGAACGACGACGAAUGGGCGGUUUCGCAGGAUGCCUCGCAACCACACGUGCCCAAUUCUAUACCCAGCAAGAGCAUCUUGGACGCUGGUGAUCGGAACAUUCGCAUGCUCCUGACUCUCAGCAAUCUCCAAGCCCUCCGCUCCCAAGUCGUGCCCAGCCUCAACUCGCAGUUCGAAAACGCCUUCUCCGUCAAACUCACCGACGAAUCCAAAACCAUCCGCGAUGUCCUCGGCCAGAUCGACGCCCGGCUCUUCCAAUCGUACACGAAACAAUCCAUCGAGACCCUCAAUGCCAUCGUGUCUGCGGGCCUCUCCCUCGCCGACUGGGAGCCGCCGGCAAACACUCGCCCGUCCACCGCAAAGCCCUACAUCUACGAGGCUCUUCUAGCCCUCGUCCUUGUGCACUCCCAGGUGUCUACCACGGCGCCCUCGCUCACCUCCCAAGUCUUGUCGUUCCUGCUCGAACAAAUGUCCCUCCAACUGCUGGAUGCGUUCCGCAAGCGUCCCCGCUAUUCACUCGAGGCCCUCAUGCAGGCCACCGUCGACGUAGAGUUUGUUGCCCAGACGCUAAGCCAGUACACGACUGACAAGGCCUCGGAACUGCAGAGCCAGAUUUAUCAAGAGUUGGACGGGCGUACGGAUAAUGAUGCUCGUGCUAGGUUGCAGAGCGAAUUACCAGAAAUGAGGAGCAUUCUGAAGAAGUUAAGGGAGGCCAGUAAGAAUGAAUUUGCGUGCUUCAAGAAGCAAAAGCGGCCCGGGCCAAAGACUGAUUCCGCAGCCGUGUCUACCGGCUAA